AUGCCGUCCAGCAAUGGACAUGGACGCUUUGUCGUCGUCGCAUGUGUGGGGCUGGCUGGGGCCUCCUUGGCACAGGACAUGCACCGCUCAGUGGCAAUGUCCGGCUCUGUGCGAGGGCCGCGCACCGAUGUGUCCGCGCUGGUCAGCAGCCCCGAGGCCCCACCCGACAUACAAGGCAGAGGCAGCGACCGGGCUGCCGAGUCGAGCAGCCGAGUCGAGCAGCCGAGAGACAAGAUGAGAUGGCGACAACCAUGUACCUUCUCCGGAGCAGGCGAAGAGCCGUCUGUCGUGGUGGUUAUGCGACCGGUCGUCGACACAGCUGCCAUGCCCUUUGGGUUGCAAUGCAUCUCACCCGCCCUCGUGCCGCAACCACACCCGAUGCCGGCUGCCAUCGCCGAGCGGGUGCAAAAACGCAAGAGGACCCAUGCCGGUGCGGGCACACGACCGCCCCCCAGCAAAGUCGGUUCCCUGACCAACGCGUCGCCGCGCAGCGCGAACGUGACCGGCCGGCAAGCGACACGUGAUGGCACAACCGGCAGGUGA